UGAACUACAGUCGGACGUCGGUCAUACAACUCAUACAAAAAAAUAUUAAAUCAGUGAAAGUAAUUUGUAUUGAUUUUCGCAUAAAAUCUGAUAAUGGAACCAAAUCCAGUAAUUAUCGCUGCGACCGCUAAACAAACUGCUUCUCUUAUAUUUUUACACGGUCUCGGUGACACUGGCCAUGGUUGGGCCAGUACAAUUGCCGCAAUCAGGGGAUCUCACGUCAAAGUUAUCUGUCCCACCGCGGCUUCAAUGCCAGUAACAUUGAAUGCUGGCUUUCGAAUGCCGUCUUGGUUUGAUUUGCGGUCAUUAGAUGCCACAGGCCCCGAAGAUGAAGAAGGUAUAAUAAGGGCGACUGGGCUAGUCCAUGGAUUAAUCAAAGAUGAAAUAAAGGCUGGGAUUCCUUCUAACCGUAUAAUGCUAGGUGGUUUCUCACAAGGAGGAGCGUUGGCUCUGCAUGCUGCAUUAACAUAUCCUGAAGCAUUGGCAGGUGUAAUAGCGCUGUCCUGCUGGUUACCACGACACACUAAUUUCCCGAAUGCCACCAAGACCAAAGAUAUACCGAUUUUUCAAGCUCAUGGUGAUUGCGAUCCUGUUGUGCCAUUCAAAUGGGGACAAAUGACGGCAUCAUACUUGAAGACAUUUAUGAAGAACACAGAAUUCAAUACCUACCAAGGUCUGUCACACAGCUCAUCUGAGAUAGAACUUGAGGACAUGAAAACUUUUAUUCAAAGAUGUUUGCCUGUUACAAAUUAAUAAUUAAUUAACAAUACUACCAAUACACUUUAAAGACAGGCUAAUGAAAUUACUUGUAUAGUUUGAUUAACCUUUUGAACGCCACUAUCACUUUAUUAUUUACGAUAA